AAUUCAAAUGCCACAAAUUCAGUGAGCAAAAUUUUUAGAUUCCGUUGAUCCCAAAAUCGCGUAUAGCAUUGUAGCAAACCCUUCUUUCCUUUUUUCCCAACCCGAAACGGAAGCGCCGAGUCUUCGCUCCGGACUCCGUCACUGGUUUACCGCUUUCCUUAUCAUCAUUACUUCCUGAUUCGAUUCAGCCGUCAGAAUCUCGGUGUUGCGGUUUGCGUCUUCAUCUUCUUCAUUUAACAGCCAUUGGAGCCUGUGGGUUGCUGGUUGUGUCCUCAUGGUCGACGUCUUCAUCUACUUCAUUAAGCAGACAGGCAAUUUGAGGGAGACAACAACAAAGCAACCUGCAGCUCAGUCAGAAUUUCUUUAUAUUUGACAAAAACGGUGGUGUUACCGGUUUACCCUUCUAUAUAAAAAUGGAGGAUAUUGAAGAUUUACUGGUUGGAGAUGGGGGAGUUGCUCCUGGGUUUAGAUUGCCUGUAACUUCUGUUGGGUUAAACCCUAAGAAAAAAUCCAUUAAAUCUAAUAAGCAAUAUCUUGUUCAAGACCCACUUCAAUCAGUUAAAAUUCCGGGUACACAGAAUAUUUAUAUAAAAACUUUUGGAUGCUCUCAUAACCAGAGUGACAGUGAGUACAUGGCCGGUCAGCUUUCAGCCUAUGGGUAUACCUUAAUUGACACUCCUGAAGAGGCAGAUUUGUGGCUGAUCAAUACAUGCACAGUAAAAUCACCAAGUCAAUCUGCCAUGGAUACUCUUAUUUCAAAAGGUAAAAGUGCAAACAAACCCCUGGUUGUAGCUGGCUGUGUGCCACAAGGAAGUCGGAACUUAAAAGAGCUUGAAGGAGUUAGUAUUGUUGGUGUGCAGCAAAUUGAUCGUGUUAUAGAAGUUGUGGAAGAGACUUUGAAAGGACAUGAGGUGCGGCUUUUAAAUAGGAGAACACUACCUGCUCUUGACCUCCCAAAGGUGCGAAAAAACAAAUUUAUUGAGAUUCUUCCAAUUAAUGUCGGGUGUUUAGGUGCGUGCACUUACUGCAAAACAAAGCAUGCUCGUGGUCAUCUAGGUAGCUAUACAAUGGAGAGCCUGGUUCGGCGAGUGAAAUCUGUCAUUUCUGAGGGAGUCAGGGAGGUAUGGUUGAGCAGUGAGGAUACUGGAGCAUAUGGUCGUGACAUUGGGGUUAAUCUUCCUAUUCUUUUGAAGGCCAUUAUCGCUGAGCUCCCAUCAACUGGAAGCACAAUGCUUCGUGUUGGGAUGACUAAUCCCCCGUAUAUUCUUGAACACCUGAAAGAAAUUGCUGAAGUCUUAUGUCACCCUUCUGUAUACUCCUUUCUUCAUGUUCCUGUUCAAUCUGGGAGCAAUUCUGUCUUAACUGCUAUGAAUCGAGAAUAUACUGUGGAGGAGUUCAGGACAGUAGUGGAUACGUUGACCACACUUGUUCCUGGGAUGCAGAUUGCAACUGAUAUAAUAUGUGGUUUUCCUGGUGAAACUGAUGAUGACUUUGAUCAAACUGUUGAGCUUAUUAAGGAGUAUAAGCUUGCUCAAGUUCAUAUCUCACAAUUCUAUCCUCGACCUGGGACACCUGCUGCAAGGAUGAAGAAGGUUCCAAGUGCUAUUGUAAAGAAGCGGAGUCGUCAAUUAACUGCUGUCUUUGAAUCCUUUACUCCAUAUAACGGAAUGGAAGGGUUAAUUGAGAGAGUAUGGAUAACUGAUGUUGCAGCUGAUGGAAUUCACUUGGUCGGACAUACCAAAGGAUACAUACAAGUAUUAAUCAAGGAAUCUCCAGAAACCCUUCUAGGUGCUUCAGCUACUGUUCGGAUCACUUCUGUUGGAAGAUGGUCAGUUUUCGGCGAAGUUAUAGAAAUUCUCUCUUCCAGUGUCCCAGACAGAGCUUUGAACAAGGAUGAUUCGAGUCACAAUAUAUCAUCCUCAUGUGGUGCUGGUGCUGAACCUUGUGCAUGCUCGUCGGAGCUAGAUUCAUGCUGUGGUGGAGGACAUUGUGCUGAUACUGCAGAAGCAACAGUUAGCCCCCUCAAUGGCACGCCAGCAGAGGAUGCUCAAAACGUUAAUGAGCGGAGGAAGCGGAAAACACUUGUAUCUAAUGGCACCGAGAGUGUAGAGUCUCGGAAACCUAACCUGAAAGAAGAAUUCAUCAAGGUAAGAGCAAGCACGUCGCAGUGGAAUUAUAUUGAUAAAUCUCUUAUUGCCGGUAUAAUUCUGAGCUUUUUGGUUGCUGUAGUUUCGCUUUCUGAACUCUGGUUCAGGAAGACGAAGUCCAGUUAACCGCUGUAGUUUUUCUACUGAACAACUGUGGGGGUGACUAGUUACUAGACAUAGUGGCACAAAUUUUGCUACUUGUACUAUUAAUUUGAUUUUGCAAGCUUAUUAUGUUCAAGAAGUUUACUUCAGUCUAAUUGUAUUAGAUAUUGGGGGAUUUUUGGUCUACUUCGUGGCACACUUUCUAUUUGAGUUUAUCUUGUAUCAUCUACACAAUCUAUGGAAUAACAAGCAAUUUCAAAGACAA